AACUGAGAAAUUACUUCUCCAUUUACCUUCCAAGAAAAAAAAAAGGAAGAAGUUGGAGAGAUGGCAGAAACAGUGGUGAAUUUUCUGCUACAGAACCUGUUGCAGGUCAUAAGUGACUAUACGAAGCUAAUUGAAGGUGCAGAUGAUGACUUCACUCAUCUGAUUGGAGAGGUUAGAAGCCUAAAAGGCUUCUUGAGUGAUGAAGCAAACGACCACAGCAACAGCGAUAACUGGAAUCAGUUGGUAAAGGACAUCCGAGUUACGGUGAACAAAGCUGAGGAUAUCAUUGAUAAAUUCAUGGUUCAGGCAAAGCUGCACCGUGACAAAAACAAAGUGGCACGUUUUUUUGACGCUAACCAUAAAAUGAAAGUCGCCAGCCUUGCGAAGGAUAUCCAAUACGUCCUUAAGAGGGUGCAGGAGAUUCGCCGAAACAAUAAACAAGCUCUUCAGCCCAGGCGAACUCUCACUCAACCUGCAAGGCCUGAACAGGUGCCACAGGAUUAUUCUUUGGCGGAUAAAGUGGUUGGCUUUGAUGAGGAAGCACGAAAAGUGAUCCAACGACUUGUUAAAGGAACAGAGCAGCUAGAUGUUGUACCUGUUUUUGGUAUGGCCGGACUCGGCAAAACAACACUGGCAAAAAUGAUCUAUAAUGACGAUAAGAUUGCACAUGAAUUUUACAUCAAAAUUUGGGUUUAUGUUGGUCAAGAAUACAAAAUAAAGGAUAUCUUGAUCAAUAACAUUCUGAAGGUCUUCAUGAAGAAUAUUGAAGAACAUAAAAAUAAGAAUGUGACCGAAUUAACUCAGGUUAUAUGUGAUUUUGUCGCUAAAGGGGGUAAGGUGCUCAUUGUGUUGGAUGAUGUUUGGGAGGUGGAAGUUGUGGAUUAUUUCAAGAAAGUUUUCCCAGAAAACAAUGGUCACCGAAUCAUGAUGACCACCCGGGAAAAAAGAGUGGCUAACUAUGCCAAUGAAAAGCCUCAUUUUCUGAAGUUUCUGCUUCCGGAUGAAAGUUUUAAGUUGCUGAAAAUCAGAGUUUUUGGAGAUGAAAAUUGUCCUGUUGAGUUUGUCAGUCUUGGAAUAAGCAUUGCGAAUCAAUGUAGCGGAGUACCACUUGCUGUAGUGGUAAUUGCAGGAGCUUUAAAAGGCUGUACCGAAAAAUAUGAUUGGGAAAGAGUUGAAAAAAGUGUAGGAGAGCACCUAAUAAAUACAGAUAAGCCUGAUGAUAGCUGCUUGAAGUUUGUGAAGAUGAGUUAUGAUCGUUUGCUCCCAGCAAUGAAGCCGUGCUUCUUGUAUUGUGGCGUCUUUCCUCGAGGCUUCGAAAUCCCCGCUUGGAAAUUGAUUCGCCUGUGGAUCGCGGAAGGUCUAGUACAGUCCAACUCAAAGUUCACAGCAGAGGAGAUAGCAAAGCAUUAUUUGGACGAGCUUGUUAAUAGGAGUCUUGUGAUAUUGGUCCUUAAGAAGUCUGAUGGACAAAUAAAAACCUGUCGUGUUCACGAUAUGUUGCAUCAAUUCUGCAGGAAGGAGGCUAUUAGCGAAAAUCUAUUCCAAGAAUUAUGUCUAACAAAAGAUGGGGUUGUUCCAACCAUAAAAGACCCAGAAACUUUUCGCCGCUUGUCUAUCCAAUCCUCUAUUCUGAAUAAUUUUCUCUCAACCAGACAAUCAGCAGAUCACGUGAGAUCUUUACUAUGUUUCCCUUCCGAACAACAACAAACCACGUUGUCGACUCCUGGCAUCAAAUUCAUCCCGGAAGCAUUUGAACUUAUCAGGGUCUUAGAAAUUGAAUCCAUCAAGUUCCAACCCUUCGCUAAAUUUUAUGAGCUAUUUCAUUUGAGGUAUGUUGCUAUGUCAGGUGAUUUUGAUGUCCUUCCUGCAGCAUUUGGUAAAUUCUGGAAUUUACAAACAGUUAUAUUUAAGACAUCGAAGUCCACUCUUGAGAUAAAAGCAGACAUAUGGAAUAUGUCGCGGUUGAGGCAUCUGCAUACCAACAUCCCUGCCAAAUUGCAACCACCUAAUUCUUCUACCACAACUUCCAAAGGAUCUUGCCUACAAACUCUUUCUGUAGUAGAACCAGAAAGUUGCAAGAAAGAUGUGCUCGCAAACGGUGGUAACCUCAAGAAAUUGAGUAUUCAAGGGCGACUAGCUCUUCUUGAAGCUAUUGGUGGAUUCAGAAAUCUUGAAGUGCUAAAGUGCCUGGAACAUUUGAAACUGAAGAAUCGAUACACUAGCGAUCUUCACCUUCCUCCAAUAUUCUUCGCAGUUCGACGCAGGCUAAAGAAGUUAAGUUUGUCGAAUACAAGGUUUGAAUGGAGCGAGGCAAGUAGAUUGGGACAGUUGGAGUUGCUUGAGGAGCUAAAGUUGAAGGAAAAUGCAUUCAAGGGGGAUUCAUGGAAGACAGAGGGAGGUUUUGAAAACCUUCAGAUCUUGAUAAUCAAAAGGGCAGACUUCGAAAUUUGGGAGGCUUCUGAUCGUUCCUUCCCCAAUCUUAAGCACCUUGUUCUCGUCACCUGUCGUAAUCUUAAGGCUGUCCCACAUCAGCUGGCUAAUGUACAAAGCCUCCGGGAGAUGCAUCUGCAGCACACAAGCGGAGCAGUCAAAUCUGCAAGAGACAUAGAAAGCGAGAUAACAAGCCUGCGAACUACAAAAAGCAGCAUCAACUUCACGCUCACUGUAUUCCCUCCUGAAACCACACAGUGAAGAUGAAAGGAGCCAGGGGAUUUCAUGUGUUCUGCAAGCCAUUCUUCUCAAACUUGUCUCAAUAAAGAAAGCCGUUUGUCGAAGUAUUGUCAGGUUGAAAACUAAACAAUUCGAUCUCUGCAUGGUUUUGGAGUUGUUAAUAAAGGCGGGUAUACUGUUGACUUGAAGCAUCUUCCCUGGAUCUCUUACCAUUCGAGCUCUGGAUCAUAUGAAGGUGUUUUCAUACUGAAUUGUAGAACCGCUCCAUCUUUCCAGCGUUGUUGUGGGUGUAUUACUUUUCUUCAUUAGUACUUUUUUGCUCUGCUUAAGCAUGGAUAUCACAUUCAUUGUUGAAGAUAUGCUAUUCCAAUUACCAAAUAAAUUUCAUGAAUGUGCAUUUGUA